UCCUGUCCUUCAUGCUACCUACCUGCUGCUGGUUGGACUCAACACUAAAGAGGACAGCUGGCUAACUGGCUUCAGGUCUCGGUGUCGAUGUUUCUGUCUUCAUCAUCUAGUCUUAGCCGUCACCCGUUUUGUAUUCUGAGGCGGAUGAUAUUUUUAUACUUUUCUCUCAAUUGUACCUGAGUACUUUGAACGCAGCACGGCAGCUCCGCUUGGAGGAAUGCGCUUCAACACCUUCGUCCUAAAGUAAACGACUAAAGGAGACACAGCGUGGGUCGGCAUGGAGGGCUUACACGUCCCCCAUCUUUUGACAAACUCUCGGCCGUCUGUCGGCGGAGUUACGCACGAUGAGAACGACCCCACCGCCGGGAAACCUCCGCCACAGGUGCCCGUGAAAAAGCAAGCCGUGAAGAGACAUCACCACAAACACAACCUGAAGCACCGGUACGAGUUCCUAGAGACGCUGGGGAAGGGGACCUAUGGAAAGGUGAAGAAAGCCAAGGAACGGUCCGGUAGACUGGUUGCUGUAAAGUCUAUCAGAAAGGACAAGAUCAAGGAUGAGCAAGACCUGGUUCAUAUCCGCAGAGAAAUCGAGAUCAUGUCCUCACUCUGUCAUCCGCACAUCAUCACCAUAUACGAAGUAUUUGAAAACAAGGACAAAAUUGUGAUCGUGAUGGAGUAUGCCAACCGGGGGGAUCUGUACGACUACAUCUGCGACAAGAGGAACAUCUCUGAGCGGGAGGCCAGGCACUUCUUCAGGCAGAUUGUAUCGGCGGUGCACUACUGCCACCAGAAUGGAAUAGUACACCGGGACCUGAAACUGGAGAAUAUUUUACUGGAUGGUAACGGGAAUGUUAAGAUCGCAGACUUUGGACUGUCAAACCUUUACCACGGUGACGAGUAUCUUCAGACUUUCUGUGGCAGUCCCCUGUAUGCUUCCCCGGAGAUUGUCAAUGGACGCCCGUACCGCGGUCCAGAGGUAGACACUUGGUCUCUUGGUGUCCUCUUAUACACGCUGGUUCAUGGCACCAUGCCCUUUGAUGGAAAUAACCACAAGACACUGGUCCAGCAGAUCAGCACGGGAAACUACCGCAAACCCAACAACCCCUCUGAUGCGUGUGGACUCAUCCGUUGGAUGCUGAUGGUAAACCCUGAGCGCCGAGCUACAAUAGAAGAGAUUGCCGGACAUUGGUGGCUCAACUGGGGCUACCAGCAGCCAUUACUGUGUGAGAGGAAGAACAGUCAAGUAGAGCAGACCCCUUCACCGUUAUCUCCAUCAACAACCCACCCUGGUGGACUGGCCGGUGUCGCUAGCUGGCUGCGCCGUACGUCUAGGCCUUUACUGGAGAACGGCUCCAAGAUGCGUUGCCUGCUCCGCUCACAGGGAGGUGGAGGCGACGUAGUCCGGCAACGCUCUCUGCGAAGGUCACGCAAGGAGAAUAACGUCUCCCAGACGGUUCAUGAAGCAAGCUCGGACACUCGACCCUCAAAGGGUAUUCUUAAGAGACGCAACAGUGCUAAACAGAAGGCGAUGAGUGAAAGCCCAGCCUUGGAGCCGCAGAACAUUUUGGGCUUGUCUGCACCUGCUAAUGCCCCUUCAGCUGCACUGCUGCCUCGCAAAGGUAUCUUGAAGAAGCCCUCUGAGCAAGAGUCAGGCUAUUACUCCUCUUCUCCUGAGAACAGUGACUCUGGCUGGGUACCACAAGCUAAAGAGUGCCCUUCAGCACCAACACGCAGGAAAGGCAUCCUCAAACGGAACGGAAAGUUCUCCUCGGGUGGCUUCCAAGAGUUUGGGUCUCUGGACCAGCUGGCAGCCUCUUUACCUCGCGGAAGCAUCAGGUCGAGACCAAGCGGCGCCAUUAGCGAAGACAGCAUCCUGUCGUCAGAGUCCUUCGACCAGCUGGAUCUACCGGACCGCGUGAGACCUCCAACGCUAGCUGAUAAACCAGCCAAGGCUACCAUGAGAGGCUGCGUCUCCGCCGACAACCUGCUGGACAUCCAGGAAGACGGGAUCCUGGCUGAUGGACGGCUGAGGCCCUGGAACUGUUACGAGUCCGGAGUGGCUGACAGUGCCUUUUCUAUCACAGACUGUGAUAACGUCACAGAGGCCUACAAACACGCCAUGGUCAUACAGGGCUCUGUAGUGAGCUGAAGACCAGUAAUAAGAAAAGGGCACAAACUAAAGAAUGGUUUUUCAUUUUGAAUUUUUGAAAUGACUAAACAUCUGAAGACAGGGCCAAAGUGUAUUACGUGAAAACAUCAGCGCACCGUAGACAGUCAUCAGUUUGGCUAACUUCAGGAAUUGCACAGUACCAAAAAGGGAGGGGGCUUGUUUCAUCAGAUUGUAGUUUUGAUGGUGAUUCAUAAAUUACACUGAAGUAAAAGACACUUUUUAUAAAUAUUAUGAGUAAUAAAGUGCAAUUGGAAAAAGUCCAUUUCAAAGACUCUCAAGGGAAGAGAGCUGCUGAAGCUGCUCAAUCUGAAAUGCUAUUUUUCACUAUCAAAUGUAGCUAAAGAGAAGAUUCCCGCUGAGACCAAAACACUGCUUUGAGUUUGGGCAACAUUUUGCAUCGAAAGCGUAGGAUUUCACAAGUGACUUGAAAGACUCAAUACGUGCAGGCCACAAAGGUGGUGUCACUUAGUGUUGACAGGGCAGCCUGAAAAAGUUUUAUCUCUAUUGGAUUUUAACUUUGUUUUUCUGGGAUAACAGGAAGUUUAAUUUAAGGAAGAGUUUUCUCUUUUACUGUAUUCUACAUUUUUACUGUGUUAGGAUGUUGGGAACAUGACAUUUCAUGAAUACCAAAGAGCAAACUUUUAUAAUGUCACUGGACUUUUUUUUUGGUUUAUUAAAAGCACUUGGAGAAAAGUGCCAAGAUGGUGUUGUGUUUGUAACAGGGACUUUUUCAUUUUUAGUUUUUUUUACUGUUGUUGUUUUUCCUGGCAUGACUUGUGUAUGGAGUAAGUGGAGUAUGACUUGAAUAAUAAUAAUGACUCACCCACAAGUGUAACCAGUCAAACCUGCUCUGGCUCUUAAGCCUAUCUUUAUACAAGAGCACCAGUUGCAGUUGACUUUUUGUAUACAUGGCAGUUUCACAGAAAAGGUGGGGCUCAUUAAGUCACUUCACUUUCAUUUUGUUUGUUCAACCCAUUUAAAUACAAGCUUGUUUGUGUAUAUCUGAAGUGAGUUUUGAUGAUCAAUGGUGGAAUAUCGCGUGAUGCAGUAUUUUACUAAGAUGGAUAAGGUGAGCCACUUAAGUAAGUUUGGUAAAAUCCCGAAUUAUGGAAAUAGAUCAUUCAUUGCAUAAGGCUCCCUGACCUGGUUAUCACGCUUAAUUGUUAAACCGCUUUUAUCGUUUCUUUAUGAAGUUACAUGCUGAAGUUGCCUAAUUUGAUUGACAUUUAAUUACAACAUCAGGUCCAUGUCUGGAGAUAACACAUUCAGGCAAUGGAGACCUGACGACCAUAUAAUGUAUUUAUCGGCCGUCAUUUGAGCCGUAAGUAAUAAAAGUUGCACAAGGCAGUUAAUGGAAACUGUAAAACCACACUGUUGGUGAAAACUGGAAAGUAGAAAACAAAAACUUUUUUUUAAUUAUUUAUGAUUUAAUUUUUUUCGGCACACUGCAGCCAGUUUGUAUAUAAACAUAUUCUCUCACUUUCACUGGACGUUCUUGGCAUUUCUGAAAUGUGGUAUGUGGACUGUAUUGAGGUCUGAGCUACACAAUGUCUCUGAUUUUUUAUAAUAAAGGGUGACACAGGGAGAACCUGUGGUCAGCCUUUGGAAAGACAUGUUUAAUUUGUUAUACAAUUAAAUGUGUAUUAGGGCUUUUCAUUGCCGGUUCUGUCUCUCAUCUCAUGUUGCAGGUUCAAUUCACACUUUUUUUGAUGGCAACAAAAUUGACAUUUUGCUGCUAAAGUUACCAGUUUAUCGUUUAUAUGACCGUGAUCUGCCAUGCUGUCGUGAAUGGAAUGAGGAAAUCAAUAAAAAAAACUGAACUCAG